UGCCCUCCCUCUCCCCCGUUGACCCUUUUAUCCCCGCGCUUGUCGUCUGUAGGCCCGCAUACACCCCUCCAAAAACAGUGCGGCCAUUUCCGCCACGGCACCCACGCACGACCACCACCUAUCCCUCUCAGACAGCUGCACGCCUGCUCCUCCAACCUUGUGUCGCCCAUCAUGAACAAUCAGCAGCAGCAGGGCAAUCGUCUGAACCUCGCCUUUGGCUUUGGUGGCCCUGGCGGCGGGGGCGGCGGCGGCGGUGACCGUAAUCAAUAUCAGGAAUCAGGCCGUGCCUUUCCCACCACUCCCUCGACCUUCCCCCAGCCCGUAUAUCCCAACCAAGCCGGCCAACAAGAAGUCUGGGGCGCACAACAGGGCAACGGCUUCAAUGGCCCUGGUGCUUUGCAGCAGCAGGGUUACUUCACUGGCUCCUACCAACAGGCUCAGUUUCAGGACCAGCAAGGCAAUCUACAAGCUCCCAACUCUGCACGUGGCUUCGACAAUGCUGCCAAUGGUCUGGCUCAGCAAUUCCAGCACCAGCACCUCGGCGGAGGUGCCAACGCCAACGGCCGCUCUGGCAGCCCCUACGGACGCCAACCCUCCCCGAACCAGCAGCGCCCUCGAACUGCCGGCGACCGCAACUAUCAACACGGAGGUUACGGUCACCACCCACGUCAAGCUUCGCUCAAUGACGACGAGCCACCUGCCAGAAACCAAGAAAAAUACUCCAACAAUGUGAUUGCCAAGACAAAGAUGUCCACCACCUUGAUCAGCACCUUCUUCAAGGAUAGUGUACAGAGAGCCAGAGAUCGCAACCAGCGAGCUCUGGAGUUGGAAUCCAUCCUGAAGGAGCCGAGCAUAUCCGACAGGGUGAAGAUGCAGAAGGAAAAUACAAUGCGAAAACACGAGGUCGAGUUCCUUCGGUUCUUAAGAACCAAGGAAAGACCAGAGAAUUUCUCUACGCUCAAGAUCAUUGGAAAGGGUGCCUUCGGUGAGGUCAAGUUGGUGCAACGCAGGAACGAUGGCAAGAUUUAUGCACUCAAGUCGCUUGUCAAGUCUGAGAUGUUCAAGAAAGACCAACUUGCACACAUCCGCUCCGAACGUGACAUCUUGGCCGAAAGCGACAGUGCUUGGGUCGUCAAGCUGCACACAACUUUCCAGGACAACACCUUCCUCUAUAUGCUUAUGGAGUUUUUGCCUGGCGGUGAUUUAAUGACCAUGUUGAUCAAAUACGAAAUCUUCACCGAGGAUAUUACCCGCUUCUACAUGGCUGAAAUCGUCCUGGCCAUUGAAGCUGUCCAUAAACUCGGUUACAUCCAUCGUGAUAUCAAGCCGGACAACAUUCUUUUAGAUCGAGGCGGCCAUAUCAAGCUCACUGAUUUCGGUCUAUCGACAGGUUUCCACAAAGAGCAUGAAGCUGGCUACUACAAAAAGCUUCUUGCUGGGGGCGCCCACAAAUCAAACAGGGACAACAGAAAUUCCAUGAACCUGGACCAGAUCCAGUUGACCGUCAGCAACCGUACCCAGAUCAACACUUGGAGAAAAUCUCGCCGCCAAUUGGCAUACUCGACUGUGGGUACUCCCGACUACAUCGCUCCAGAGAUCUUCAGCGGACAGGGUUAUGACUACGGCUGUGAUUGGUGGUCAGUCGGCACCAUCAUGUUUGAAUGCCUUAUUGGAUGGCCACCAUUCUGUGCCGAGGAGCCUCAUGACACAUACCGCAAGAUUGUGGACUGGCCCCGCAACCUUCACUUCCCUCCAGACCAGCAACUAGGCGCAGAAGCCGAGGAUUUUGUUAAGCGCCUGAUUUGCGAUGCCGAACACCGACUGGGUCGGAUCGGUGGUGCCAGCGAGAUCAAACAACAUCCUUUCUUCCGUGGUGUACAAUGGGACGGCCUGCGUCGCAUUCGCGCACCAUUCGAACCAAAACUCAGUUCCAACGUCGAUACUCAGUAUUUCCCCAUUGACGAAAUCGAUCAGAAUGACACUAGCGCAGCGCUUCGCGCUCAGACGGCCGCUCAAUCCAACGACGACACAGCCGAUAUGAUGAGUAUCCCCUUUGUCGGUUACACCUACAAGCGCUUCGAUGCCUUCCGUGGAAAUUAG